ACUUCACUAUUGCGUGGUGGGAAAGUGCUUGUUGGAACCAGUUUUGAAGAUGCCGUUGUUGGAUCUGGUGCACUUGAUGGCUUUCAAGUUUCCACACCUCAUGCAUACGUAACAAUCUCCUCAUCGGCUCCGCUCUUCUUCAUCCGUUCUCUGUGGGUUAAAUAGCUAUCUUAGCCAUCACCAUUAGGUCACUCUUGUGUUCAGGGUAGCUUCGCCGUGAACCUUCCCAUUCGUCUUCCCUUCCAAGAUUUUUUGUGGAGAAUCCAAACAACAUAUUGCACAAUGAGACUCAGUCUACCAAACAGUUCGCUUGCGCUCUUGCUUCUAGGUUCAUCGGGAGUUGAUGGGUUUUCUUCUUCAAUAUCUUCAUCAUGGGCAACUCGCAGAGCAACAUCUCCCCUCUUUGUGAGUAUUGGACUGGGUCCUGACGAGGAAACAAAGGAGAGGAGCGAAAUGGUGGCUGGUGUGGACUAUGAAAUUCCCAACCACGAGGAAUAUAGAUUGUCACAACGAUCCAAGUUUGACGAACAGUGUGAUGUAUGGUAUGGACAGCUACUUGGCGAAGACAAUGGGGUGCUUGGACCCUUGGCGGUAGAAGCAAGAAAAAUUCUCAAUACACCAGUGCCACUGGAAAAUGAGAUCCGAGCCCCGGUGGAGAAUAAGGAAGAAUACACUCCUUACGUCACUACCAGACUGCCUUGGACUCCAAUAACACCUGCUUUUGGAGUGGAAGAAUACGGCCUACCCAUUCCCAGACGCAAUGCAGAAACAUGGAGGCAUUUUGAUGUGGUUGGUAUGGUGGAACAAGACUAUUCGACUAUUCCUGACGGAACAGGCUCUCCCUUGGAGCUUAGUGAAGAUGAAGUGACGGACAUUGCUGACAAACUAAAGGAAAAGGGGGGCUGGUUAGAUGACGAUUCUUGUUCAGGUCGCCUGGUGUACAUUGAUGGCCGAUUUGCUCCACAACUAUCCAUGACAAACGAUGUAGCUCAAAGUCUUGAUAGUACAACCAAUUUGUCAGACGAAGUCAAAACAUAUCUCGCGCGUCUCACAGAUGGCUUCACAGACGAAUUGGCGGCACCGGUAGUUAUCAACGACGAGGGUGAUACAUGGUCAUCAUACAAAAAGCUCAGUGGCCCUGACCACUGCAUUGGCGAGGCCACCAGUCAAUUUGCUAUCAACUCACAGCAAGGAACGGCCUGCUUUGCAGCACUCAACACCGCCCGAACGGGUGCAGUAGCCUAUGUGCAUGCCGCUGCGAAUCAAGAUGAGGAGAUCGAUGUGCCAAAACCAGUUCUGAUUGUCAAUGCUGUGACCAGCAGUGGAAGUGCUGGUGAUGCUGAGGAGGGAAAGGGAGUUGCAUUUCACCCUAGAACUCUGGUCGUAGCCGAUGAAGGCAGCCGACUCUCAGUGGUCCAAUCCUGUGUUGACCUGGACAGUACGGAGGAGGCACACCGACCUAAACUCUACAAUGGCUACACACAACUCUUUGUCAAGGAAAACGCCAACUUGACGCAUUCCUACUUGGAAGAAUCGGGCGGCAUUGUGACUGGCGGUGUCGAACAAAACGACGACGACAUUGAAGAAGGAAUGCCCAAUCCACGUGAAGUGGAAUCCCAACGACCGGCCCUGAAAGAUACGCAUUUGGAAGCUAUCGAUGUCCACAUUGUUGGUAAAGGAGGUGCCUACCAGGGAACCAUGAUGGGCUUGGGUGGAAGUGGACGUGCUCGCACUGCUAUGUCAGUGACACUGCUUCGUCCCGAGACUACAGCCACUAUCAAUGGUUUCGCCCUCUCGGGUGGAGCACAACGAACAGAUAUGAAAACCAACAUUCACCACAUUGCCGAUGACACCGUCAGUCGCCAGGUGCAGAAAAAUAUGAUUGGAGGCCGGGCUACGGGUGCUUUCCGUGGCCGUAUUCGCGUAGAACAGAGCGCACAACUUACGGACAGCGAACAACUCUCUAGAACAAUCCUCCUGAGCGACAGGUCGAGGGCGUGGGCCGUUCCUUCCCUUGAGAUUAUUGCCGACGAUGUGACUUGCGCUCAUGGAGCAACUGUAUCUGACUUGUCCGAGGAAGAACUCUUCUAUUUGCGUUCGCGUGGGCUGACGACAGCCAUUGCUCGAAAUUUGCUGAUGUAUGCCUUUGCUGGCGACAUCAGUGCAUGUGUCGAUCCUACUAUGUUGGGCGCCGUCGACAGCCAAGAAGGACUGCAAAAGAGGGUUAUCCAACGCUUGGAGAAUCUGGUGCCACGAGGCCAGAGAGCCAUCAAGGGAGAAUAUCAGAGUGUUUAGGUGUCCUUGGCUAGCUGCGGGACCAAAAGUUGCAAAUGAACAAAGAAGUAGACUACACAUUUUCUUUUAUUAUUUUUCAAAAGUUGUCUUGCUCGU